GGAUUAACGCUGGAUGUAUUUUUAAUUGACUUUCUUAAUGUAGAAGGCAUGCUGCCCCGCUGGUUUGGAUUGCAUGCUAUUUUAAUCCUGCUGUGGCUAACCUAGUGGGAGCCGCGUAACCAACAGAAUGACAUAGAGAUGAAGGAGAUUCCUGGUAGUUACAAACUUUUCUUUUUUGGCCAGGAACACAUUUUUCUCCCCCAAACGCUCAAAACUCGGCAACCUCUAUGCUAAAAGUUCAUUCUGCUUUUUUUUUUUUUUGACCUUGUUUUGGAGAAAGCAAUGAAACGAAACAGAGGACUCUACUGAAAUUGUGAAGGAAGGACACACAAUUUGUCACUGCGGUCCUUUAACUCUAUGGCAACCAUGGGAGGAAAAGAGCCAGCCCACGGAGCCCCGCAGGCCCCCCGGCCUCAGGGUGCCCGAGCGUGGGGACGUGGAAAUGGAUGGUGAGCCUCUCCCUCCUUAGUUUCUCUGCACUUCGCCUGCCGAGAGUUCCAGCCUAGCCAUGGAUUUCCUUUGUGAAGAAAAUACUUCUCUGAGCUCAAGUACGAACUCCUUCAUGCAACCGAAGGACGGCACGGGGCUCCACCGUGACAGCUGUCACUCCGGGGACGCGAACGCCUCGGAUGCCUUCAACUGGACGGUGGACUCGGGAAACCGCACCAACCUCUCCUGCGAGGGCUGCCUCUCGCCGCCCUGCCUCCUCCUCCAGCUGCAGGAGAAAAACUGGUCCGCCCUGCUGACGGCCGUGGUGAUCGUCCUCACCAUCGCGGGGAACAUACUCGUCAUCAUGGCUGUGUCCCUAGAGAAAAAGCUGCAGAACGCCACCAACUACUUCCUGAUGUCCCUUGCCAUAGCUGACAUGCUGCUGGGUUUCCUUGUCAUGCCUGUGUCCAUGCUAACCAUCCUGUAUGGUUACCGGUGGCCGCUGCCCAGCAAGCUCUGCGCGGUCUGGAUUUACCUGGACGUGCUCUUCUCCACGGCCUCCAUCAUGCACCUCUGCGCCAUCUCGCUGGACCGCUACGUGGCCAUCCAGAACCCCAUCCACCACAGCCGCUUCAAUUCCAGGACGAAGGCAUUCCUGAAGAUCAUCGCUGUUUGGACUAUUUCCGUAGGUAUCUCCAUGCCAAUACCCGUCUUUGGCCUUCAGGACGAUUCCAAGGUCUUUAAAGAAGGGAGCUGCCUCCUCGCCGACGAUAACUUUGUCCUGAUCGGCUCCUUCGUCUCAUUUUUCAUCCCCUUAACCAUCAUGGUAAUCACCUACUUUCUAACGAUCAGGUCGCUGCAGAAAGAAGCCACUCUGUGCUUGAGUGACCCCGGCGCACGGGCCAAGCUGCCUUCGUUCAGCUUCCUGCCGCAGAGCUCGCUGUCGUCGGAGAAGCUCUUCCAGCGGUCCACGCAGCGGGAGCCGGGGGCCCACGGCCGGAGGACGAUGCAGUCCAUCAGCAACGAGCAGAAGGCCUGCAAGGUGCUGGGCAUCGUCUUCUUCCUCUUCGUGGUCAUGUGGUGCCCCUUCUUCAUCACCAACAUCAUGGCCGUCAUCUGCAAGGAGUCGUGCAACGAGCGCGUCAUCGCCGCCCUGCUCAACGUGUUCGUGUGGAUCGGGUACCUGUCCUCGGCGGUGAACCCGCUGGUGUACACGCUGUUCAACAAGACCUACCGCUCGGCCUUCUCGCGCUACAUCCAGUGCCAGUACAAGGAAAACAAAAAACCCUUGCAGCUGAUUUUGGUGAACACGAUCCCGGCCUUGGCCUACAAGUCUAGUCAGCUCCAAAGGGGGCGGAAAAACAGCUCCAAGAAAGACGCCAAGACCACCGAGAAUGACUGCACCACCAUGGUCCCUCUGGGAAAGCAGAACUCCGACGCUGCCCCCACGGACGGUGCCGGCACAGCGAACGAGAAGGUGAGCUGUGUGUGACCGACCCGUUGCCGUGGCAACCGUGGAGGGCACUCCGAACGGAUUUCCACCUACCAGGGGAAGAAGAGAAGGAAAGAUUACAGGGAGACUGAAAAAAAAAAAAACUGAGGCAGGUUUCUCGUGAAACUGGCAGUCAUAUCCGGAUGCCUGGUUGUCUUCUGUGCGUGGAAAGCAGGGCCCAGUGCUGGAAACCGUGCACUUCAAAAAUGUUCCGACAGCGUGUCGACUGUGAGCUUUAUGACACUUCUUUUUAACAUUGUAAAUGAUAUGUCUUUAAAAAUAAUUAGCUUUUGUUGUAUGAUUAUAACGAGGCCACACAUAAGUCUAAAACAACUUCUAUUUUCCAGCCGAAGCCUGGCUAUUAUUAUGUUGUUAAUGGAUGGCAAUGAGUGGGUCACCCACCGCUGUACAUAAAAAUAGCUAGCAAUAGUGAAAAGUCGGUGAAUGCAAUGGCCUCUUAAAGAACAAUGCUCUUUACACAUUUACCAUGGUAUGCAUUUAGAACAACAACAAAAAUAGCUCUCUAAGAACAGUGUUAUAAAGUCGGUCUUGCUGAGAUAAUUGAGUUAAUACUUGACAGCUUUUCCCAUUCCGGCCUUUUCCUGGAGGCCACUUCGAGACAUUCGCAAAGCCGCUGGCCUCCGCUGCCUUUCAGGUCCACGCUUCUCAGAAGCGGGAAAGAUUUUAACGGUUGUUUCAGAACCAUCGCUGCUUUCUCUCCUGCUACCUGUGCUUUUACUCUCAAGUUCAAAGGCGGUCUUGUUUACUGUUUGCCCUAGUAGCUACCCUAUCGAAGGGAUAAUUUCGCAUCGCCAAAUACAUUUCUAGAAACUGCUUCUCCUACACAGCACCACAGAGGCGCCGGGUACCUUGCCCUUGACGACGGCAUCGUGCGGGCGCUCCUUGGGCAUCGAGGUCCCUGUGCCGGCACCGAGGAGUAAACUCAGGGUUUGGGCUACUGACAGCAAUAGAGUCUUAGAGCAUCUCUGAACUGCAGGUGACGUUCCUGUGGGCACCCGCCAAUCAGGUAAACCGAUGCUUUCGGAAUAGCCAGUCUGGGUUAUUUCCUGUUGGCUUUGGGUUCCCAGUGCUCCACGGGGUGUACACGGUCUACAAGGACAAGUCCUAGGUGCUCAGGAUAUACGAAUACUUAAAGUAAGAUCUUUGCCCUUAAAGAAAAGGACCUAACUGGAAUGGUCCUUGGCAAAGAUAAACACAGACAUGGUGUGAGAAUCAGUUCAAGUUAUUUCCCUCUGACCUGGUUCAGAGAGCGGUGUGUUUCUAGAGAUGAGGGUGGUUUUUCUCAGUGUGUUUCCUGGUUCAUCGCCAGCGAGUAUCAACCAAACACAGGAGAGGGAAAAUAUCGCUUGAAGUCAAAGUUUGCAAUUAGUUCAGAAAUACACACCUCACCCUGGGCCCAACCUGUGACGACCAAAGUUUUGAGGAAACUUUUUGCUCCACUUCCCCAAAAACUAACUCAUUUAGUGCCCACGAACACUGGACUCCCUGAUUAAAAAAAAAAAAAGCGAUAUCAUGUUUUCUGUUGAAUGAGAAAUAGUUUUUUACUCUACACCACUUGAAAAAAUCAAAAAACUAAAAACUAAGAAACACGGGAGGUGCCCCUGGGUAACGUGGAAAUGCGUGAGGGUUACACUAAUUGUGCCCUUACAGAGUCACUGACAAGUGUUUAUUGCAACACUGGAAUUUAGGGCGAGCCCCUCGUAUUGAGGCUGCAUCUGGUCUGAAUUACUUUAAUGAUUACACCCGACUAACUGAUAAAGACACAAGUGUUAAAAAGUCUCUGCUCUCAUGUAUUUGGGCCUUAGUUUAUAACUCUGCACAUCUCAUUAUAUAAUAAAGAAAAGACUACAGAUUCCACCCAUGUGCUCCAUCUUGAUCAGAAUGAACAUAAAAUACUGCCUGACAGGUGUCUUUUGACGACACAUAUAUUACAAAUGUGUAUGUUUUUCUCUCCAUAAGUAACUAUUCCAGUGUAUAAUGUAGGCAAACACGUCUCUGUAUACAUGUACAGACAUGUUCCCAUGCACUUUAUUCGAUAUUUACAUAUUUAUACGGAGGAGAAGAGUCAUUAACGAGAACACCCAGUAUGUACUACGCAUGUCUGUGUCCCGUUGAUAUCAAUGUGAAUUCAUGUCCUAACUAAUGUUUCUAUGACCUUCCACUGCGGGUUAAAAUGUAACAAGUAUCAGUUCUUUCAAUAAACUGGAAGUUGACCUAAGUUUGUGGGAAGGCUGUAACACCAUUCUAUGGGGGUUGUGAAAACAACGAUCCUUAGACAUAGUUGAUGGAUUUUUAGUAAAAUGGUCACCCUUGGGCCCGUUGUUUAGUCUGGAAGACUUUCUGACUUAGAUCCAUCCCUCGCCCUGCCGAAGCACCAACCACCCUUGAAUGAUUUAUGGAUCUCUGAUUAAAGAGCUCAGCCCUAGUCAAUACUAUUAAGAUGGAGUAACCAACCUGAGUCUACUAAGUUGCAUAGGAGAUUCCUCUUUAUUUAAAGAAAGAAAAAUGCCAUCAUUAGGAAAAUCUGGUUCAAGCAUACUUAAUCUCUAGUCUACAGCGCCAUCUCCUGGUCACUUUGUACAGCGCUACUGUAGCCCAAUGGAACGAAGUUACUGGAGCGCUUUUGGCAAAGAGCGCUUCUCCCAUUUGUGCAUCAGUGAAGCCUAUUUAUUAAGUGUUAAAUUAUUCUGUGCCAUAUGUAACAAAAAGUCAAGAUUAUUUUAUGUAAUGAUUUUA